CAAAUCCUGAUAAAGGUUUCCAUCGACUGCCCUCAACUUCUGAUUGCCUAUUUCAUCAACUUUCAAAAUGCCGUCCGUGGAAGUUAUCGCAAACAUGGAGCAGUUUAAACAAGCGAUUGAUGGUCCAGAAGUAGCUAUCUUCGAUUUUUGGGCCACUUGGUGUGGGCCUUGCCGCGCCAUUUCACCGCAAUUUGAACGUCUAGCUGAAGCUGACACUUCAGGCAAAGUUAAGUUUUACAAGGUUGAUGUUGAUGCUGUUCCGGCCGUAGCGGCCGAAUACAAUAUCUCUGCAAUUCCAACCUUCCUCGCAGCCAGUCAAGGAAAAGUCAUUCACACUGUGAAGGGCGCGGAUCCAGGGAAACUUGAGAGAAUGGUCAAGGAUUGCGCUACUGCAUGAGUCGGCGACAUUGGACACCAUUCGAUGACAAGAUGUUUUAUUACCACGCCAUCUUUCAGAGAUUAUCUCUCUAGCACGCGUAUCCUAUUUUGUAUCUCCAACCUGAUCACUUGUGAAAUUGAGUAAAUUGUGAUUAUGAUCUCAUAA